CUUGUAAUAUCACUGGUAACAGAGGACACUGGAUUCAACAUUCCUCAAAAGGCCAAGACCUAAUACAAGGUCGGGCAUCUCAUGCAUCAGCUUUGCUGGGUGACUAUAUGUGGGUGUUUGGAGGCUAUUCACUAGGCUCAGAGCCUUUUGAUAACUUCGUCAGAUAUCACAUUCCAAGUGACAGUUGGGAAGUAGUGUCACCUUCUAUCAAUUCUAGUGGAAGUCCAUCUGGGCGUUAUGGUCACUCAAUGAUUGGUCAUAAUUCAUCCUUGUAUGUGUUUGGUGGUAGAAAGGAGAAAAAGGCCACCAGUGAACUUUGGUCUUUUGACACAUGGACAUUACUUUGGCGUUUGUUACCCAGUCAAGGUGAUUCACCUCUGUCUGUUGCUGGACACACGGCAACUCUUGUGGACUCUAAAAUGAUUAUCCUUUUUGGUUAUGGUCCAGAGAGGGGCUACACAGAUAAAGUUCAAGAAUAUGAUCUAGAGACUAGCAGGUGGACUGUAUACGAUACCCCCACAGACAUCAUAGGACCAACAUAUGGACAUAGCAGUGCUUAUGAUCCCGUGAAAAAACUAAUAUACGUUCAUGGUGGAUUUACUUCAUAUGGCUCAAAAGAUGAACCUUCCACAGAAUUGACUGUCUAUAAUCCCAUAACAAGAGUUUGGAAAUCCCUUAAACGUAGCAGUGUACCUCGUUACCUCCAUUCAGCCAUUUUACUUGGUAAAGUCAUACUUGUGUUUGGUGGUAAUUCACACAAUGGCACGGCACAGUUACAGUCUAUGUUGCCCUGCUUUUCUAUGGAUUUUCUUGCAUAUGACAUAGACUGUGAUGAGUGGCAUAGAAUGAAUGAGUCAGGAAGUCUGAAAGAUGCUGGGCGAUAUGGUCAUACUGCCUUACUAGUCAACAGAACCAUGUAUGUGUUUGGAGGAUUUCAAGGAAUUGUUCUCAGUGAUGUGUUGUCGUUCACUCCAGCCCCAUGUGAUUUGAUUGAUGAUAAGGCAACAUGUCAAGUGCACUUCAAUUCAUCUGACUGUGUGUGGAAUGACUCCACUUCUUCAUGUCUUGGACCAGAACGUUGUGUUCAACCAAAGAUCUCAGCUGAUGAAAAAUGCUUUGAACUUGGUAAGAGUUGUAGAAGCUGUACAUCCAGUAUACAUGGCUGCUCAUGGUGCAAUGGCAUCUGUGUAAAGGGUAAUUGCCCCACAUCACAGAAAAAAGUAGAUUCUCCUGAUAACUGCCCAAAAAAAGGGAAGGAAGUUUCAACACCUGACUGUGAUGGUCUGUGUGAGGAGCGCUUGUGCCACAAUUUGAGCUCGUGUGAUGACUGUACCUCGAAAAGACGUUGCAUGUGGUGUGAGUCAGAGAAACAGUGUGUAGCUACCACUGCCUAUGCUGUUAAUUUUCCCUUUGGACAGUGCCGCGGCUGGGUCCAGAGUCAGUGUUCAGCUGUGAAAUGUUCUGGAUUGAAGACUUGUGAUGACUGUCACACGUUGCCUGAGUGUGGCUGGUGUGAUGAUGGUUCAGAGACUGGUUUGGGCCAGUGUAUGGAGGGAGGUGACGAUGGUCCUUUCACCAAACCAACAAACGCCUCAUUAAACCAAUGCCCAAUAAACCGCUGGUACUUCAUAGAGUGUCCAGAUUGCCAGUGUAAUGGACAUAGCAAAUGCAUCAACAAAAACAUCUGUAAGAAGUGCGAGCAUCACACAGACGGGCCGCACUGCGAGACUUGCGCAUCUGGUUAUUUUGGUGAGGCCAAAAAUGGUGGAACAUGUAAAGGGUGUAAUUGUAAUGGCCACGCCGAGACAUGUGACGUGGUGACUGGAACCUGUGAAUGUUUAACCCGCUGGGUCACUGGAGAACACUGUGAGAGUUGUGAUGAGCGGGAAAAUGAUGCAGACAUCAUUGGUAACGCUACAAAUGGCGGCCAUUGUUAUAAUAAACUUGAACGUAAUUAUGAGUACACGUUUAAUGUGUCCAACAAGACAAGAAUCAGUUUCCUGAACGUUCCAGAAAAGGAUGACGUUGACGUAGAGGUUACUGUGGAGAUUAAGAGCGGCGAUUCUGCUUUUCUGAAUCUGUCAAUCAGCUCAGAUGUCCAAGAAGAAGUAACGCUCGUGUCGUUUCAACGAAUAGGCGUCUUCAAACAAACGUUUUCACACGAAGCCUUCAACUUUGGUGAUCCUGACCGAUUUACUUUUAAAGUGCACGUUUUUGAUAUCAAAGGAUUCAUCAGCCUUAAAAUUUCCUUUAUCCAGAAGCCGUUUCUAAUUCUCAGCUUCUUCAUCACGUUUUUUGCUUGUUUCUUCUCGCUUUUGUUCGUAGUGGCUUUGGCAUGGAAGAUCAAAGUGAAGUAUUCAAACUACGUUAUGGCAAGGCAACGAGUUGAAGACAUGAAACUGAUGGCCAGUCGACCGUUUGCUAAAGUCUGUUUGGCUUUCUCAGAUCACAAUGAAAGAAAAACGUGCAAGAAACCAUCUUCUGCUAUCGUUCUUCAGCCAAUGGAAAACCAGAACGCUAGUGUAGGAGUGUUCAUGAUGAGACUUCCGGUUGCAGAUGACGGCUUCGCACCUAUUGGUCAGAUCGGCCUAUGCUGUGCAACAGCGCUAGGGACGCGCGGUGAUCCUGCUCCCCAGUCCCACUCUUCGCACGUUGCCGUAAGAACAGUGGUCAAGAGAUCCAGUAUGGUGAAGUCAUGCUGUUUAUAAGAAAAACAUAAUGAUAACCUUGUGUUUGACGAAUCGUGCUCGGGGCAAAAUGCUCAACGGGCCGUUCUUCGCGAAAGCCGAAAGGUAUCUGGAGGAUUCUCCGAAGUACCUGUUUAAUCACAGCAGAAAAUUAUGCUAAGAACACCAAAGGCCCAGUGAGGAAAUGGCUCCGAUCUUGAUCUCCUCUUUUAGGCACGUAUGCGAGCCAUAAAACGUUGAGAGAGAAUUAUUUCAACGUACGAGUAAUGAUAUACCCACAACCCUUUAUUCUCCUCAAUCACUGUAAUUAGUUUUGUUGAUAAUUCUAUUUAAAUUGGAAAACGUCAAAUGUUAGGGUUGGCCUUUCAACGAGCUACUUGAUUGGCUCGUAAAACAUAGCUAACACGUUUUUAAGUGCUACAUGUUGUCGAGGGCUAUUGCAUUUCUGAGCUUUCUGAUUGGUGUACACAUUUCAGUAUACAGCGAUAACACCUCUGCAAACCAAACUUGGUAGAAUAGAUGCGUUUCAUGUGUACCAUUGUAUUCGUCGAGACAAAGAAUUAAGAAUAUAGAAUGUAAAGAGCAUUUGUCCGUAAAAAAAAUUGAAAGAUUUGUUUUCAGAUAAGCCUGUAGAAUAAUUUGUGAAAACUUGCCUGAAAAGUUGUAAAGCCAAGAGAAUUCUUAGCGAAAUACAGGAAGACAGAUCACAGGUAGCGUGUCGCAGUACAGUGCGUUUAAGUUGUUGAGAAGUUAAAUUACUUUUUUUUUGUUUUCGUAUUAUAACUAGGUACAUUUGGCGAAGCCAGAAUGGAGAAUAAUAUGACCGUUGGGUAAUGGAACUGUUUUCUAAGUUAGGUCUUAUUAUAAAGAUAAAUGAGAAGCUACCACUUGGGGCUGAUGAACCAACGUUUUCACUUUUGAUAAUGUGUCAGUUUUUUGUAAUAAUUAAUUUCGUUUCUCAGGUAUUAGGAAACGAUGUUAUACUGCGAUGUUCUCUUUUCUGAUUUCUAAGCUUUAUUGGAGAUAAGCUUGGUUUUACAGGUUUGUCUCGAUUUAAAGUGGGAAAGGUCGAGCUGUAUUUAGUUUUAUCAUUCUUUCUCGCUUUCUCCUGUCACAAGCUCCAGUUCAAGAGGUCUGACACAACUUGCUCGUCCUCGGUCUUUUCUUGUGAGAAAAAAAGUAGCUCCCGAGGAAUGAUAGGAAGGAAGUAUCUGUCGCGUCUUUAUAGGCGACUCGGAACGAGCCGACUGAUGCAAACACUGAAAACCCGCAUCCCCUAGUGCCAAUCCUCUAUCUGAGUUUUUCAGUGUGGACUCUUGUGCUUGCGCUUAUGUUUGUGACGCUGGC